AUAAUGAUUGACAGCCCAUUGGGCCUGUCAACGACCAGCACCGAGCAGUCGGUAGGAAGAUUCCAGAUGGUUCUGGAAGCUCCAAGCAGGGUUUCUCGAAUGCUCGGAAACGGUACUAAAGCUGCUCAGCUUUCCUGUCAGUGCUAGAGAUCUCUGUAGCCGACCUGUCUGCCACUCAGAGGCGACCUCUACACAUUUCUCAGCGGAGUUUUCCAUACAUUGAGGCUCAAGAUGCCUGAAUCACGUGACCAACCCAUGGAGGAGGAGGCUGAGACCUUUGCAUUCCAGGCUGAGAUUGCUCAGCUGAUGUCCCUCAUCAUCAAUACUUUCUAUUCCAACAAAGAGAUCUUCCUUAGAGAGCUUAUCUCCAACUCGUCAGAUGCACUGGACAAAAUUCGCUAUGAAAGUCUCACUGACCCCACCAAACUGGAUACUGGCAAGGACCUCAAAAUUGAACUCAUUCCUAACAAAGAGGAACGCACCCUCACCCUGGUUGACACGGGUAUUGGCAUGACCAAGGCUGACCUGAUCAACAACCUGGGUACAAUUGCCAAGUCUGGCACCAAGGCUUUCAUGGAGGCUCUGCAGGCUGGAGCCGACAUCUCCAUGAUCGGUCAGUUUGGUGUAGGUUUCUACUCAGCCUACCUUGUGGCAGAGAAGGUGACAGUCAUAACCAAGCACAAUGAUGAUGAGCAGUAUGCCUGGGAAUCCUCUGCUGGGGGCUCAUUCACAGUCAAAGUGGACAACUCUGAGCCCAUUGGUCGUGGCACCAAGGUCAUCCUACACUUGAAAGAAGACCAGACAGAGUACCUUGAGGAGCGAAGAAUUAAAGAGAUUGUGAAAAAGCACUCACAGUUCAUUGGCUAUCCCAUCACACUCUUUGUGGAGAAAGAGCGUGACAAGGAGGUGAGUGAUGAUGAAGCAGAGGAGGAGGAAAAGGAGAAAGACAAGGAUGAAGAGGAAGAGAAGGACGAGGACAAGCCUGAGAUUGAGGAUGUUGGCUCAGACGAGGAGCAUGACCACGACAAGUCUGGUGAUAAAAAGAAGAAGAAGAAGAAGAUCAAGGAGAAGUACAUUGACCAGGAAGAGCUGAACAAGACCAAACCCUUGUGGACCCGUAACCCAGAUGACAUCACUAAUGAGGAGUAUGGAGAGUUCUAUAAGAGUCUAACCAAUGAUUGGGAAGACCACCUGGCUGUAAAGCACUUCUCAGUCGAGGGUCAGCUGGAAUUCCGCGCCCUCCUCUUUGUGCCUCGUCGUGCCCCCUUCGAUCUCUUUGAGAACAAGAAGAAGAAAAACAACAUUAAGCUGUAUGUGCGCAGGGUCUUCAUUAUGGACAACUGUGAGGAGCUGAUUCCAGAGUACCUCAAUUUCAUCAAGGGUGUAGUCGACUCUGAGGAUCUUCCCCUGAACAUCUCCAGAGAGAUGCUGCAGCAGAGCAAGAUCCUGAAAGUCAUCCGCAAGAACCUGGUCAAGAAGUGUCUGGAGCUUUUUACUGAACUUGCUGAGGACAAGGACAACUACAAAAAGUACUACGAGCAGUUCUCCAAGAACAUCAAGCUUGGAAUCCAUGAGGAUUCUCAAAACAGAAAGAAGCUGUCUGAGCUGCUGCGAUACUACACGUCAGCUUCUGGAGAUGAGAUGGUUUCCCUGAAGGACUAUGUUACACGCAUGAAAGAUAACCAGAAACACAUCUACUACAUCACUGGUGAAACCAAAGACCAGGUGGCAAACUCUGCCUUCGUGGAGCGCCUUCGCAAAGCCGGUCUUGAGGUCAUUUACAUGAUUGAGCCCAUUGAUGAGUACUGUGUCCAGCAGCUGAAGGAAUUUGAGGGCAAAAAUCUGGUUUCAGUGACCAAAGAAGGCCUUGAGCUGCCCGAGGAUGAUGAAGAGAAGAAGAAGCAGGAGGAGAAGAAGGCUCAGUUUGAGAAUCUGUGCAAGAUCAUGAAGGACAUCUUGGAGAAGAAGGUGGAGAAGGUCACAGUUUCCAACCGCCUAGUCUCUUCCCCCUGCUGCAUCGUCACUAGCACCUAUGGCUGGACGGCCAACAUGGAAAGGAUCAUGAAAGCCCAGGCUCUGAGGGAUAAUUCCACUAUGGGCUACAUGGCUGCUAAGAAACACCUUGAGAUCAACCCUGACCAUCCCAUCGUGGAGACCCUGAGGCAAAAGGCAGAGGCUGAUAAGAAUGACAAGUCUGUGAAGGAUCUGGUCAUCCUGCUCUUUGAGACAGCCCUGCUCUCUUCAGGGUUUACCUUGGAUGACCCCCAGACUCACUCCAAUCGCAUCUACAGAAUGAUCAAGCUGGGUCUUGGUAUUGAUGAAGAUGAUCUUACACCAGAUGAUGUCACGUCUGCUCCCACUGAAGACAUGCCCCCUCUUGAAGGGGAUGAUGACGACACGUCAAGGAUGGAGGAGGUGGACUAGGCCUGUUCCUAUUUCAUGCUAGCUUCAGACGUAGUGUAAUAAAAUUUAAAGUUUAAUGUUGUAAAUGAGCUUGUUGAGAGUGUCCUGUGCCCUCAACCCUUUUUGACCAAGUUCACUUUAUUUCCCCUUGCAUUGACCAUAUGCAGUUCAGAUUCUUUCCUUUUAGAACUUUAUUUUUGAAGUUGUCACUUUUUGUAUCUCAAGUUUCAUUAAUGUAUUUGUUUUUGUAUUUUUGACAUUCCAGUGUUCUUUGAGUGUUCUUACUUUAACUGUAAAUAUAUCAAAAUUGAUACUGUUAUUUGGAACAGGUGGGACACACAAAUAAAUGGAAAGAUUUAACAUGGUAA